CAAAGACUCGACUCAAAGGAACGAUUCCGACAUCACUGAUCUGUGGCUGAGCUUGAGCUCUCUCAAUCAAAUCCCAGAGACGAGGAGUAGGAAGCUCUGUGGAGACAUGUAAGAUGGCAGAGCUGCAGAUGUUACUAGAGGAAGAAAUCCCCGCCGGUAAACGAGCUCUCGUGGAGAGUUACCAGAACCUCACGAGGGUCGCGGACUACUGUGAGAAUAAUUAUGUUCAGGCACAGGAUAAGAAGAAAGCAUUGGAGGAGACCAAAGCCUACACCACCCAGUCCCUGGCAAGUGUGGCCUAUCAGAUCAAUGCCUUAGCCAACAAUGUCCUGCAGCUGUUGGAUAUCCAGGCCUCGCAGCUGCGCAGGAUGGAGUCCUCCAUUAACCACAUAUCUCAGACGGUAGACAUCCAUAAGGAGAAGGUCGCCCGGCGAGAGAUUGGCAUCCUGACAACGAAUAAGAACACAUCAAGGACUCAUAAGAUCAUCGCUCCGGCUAACCUGGAGCGGCCGGUGAGGUACAUCAGGAAGCCCCUCGACUUCACCGUACUGGAUGAUGUGGGGCAUGGAGUGAAGUGGCUUAAAGCCAAGCAACACGGCAACAAUCAGUCAAUCAGAGGAGGAACUCUCUCCAGGACCAAUCCCCCAACACAGAAACCUCCCAGCCCACCCUUGGCAGGACGAGGCACUCUUGGGCGUAACAAUCCUUAUAAAACGCUUGAGCCAGUGAAACCUCCAACAGUGCCCAACGACUACAUGACGAGUCCAGCUCGUCUGGGCAGCCAACACAGUCCGGGACGUACCGCGUCUCUCAACCAGCGACCGAGAACCCACAGUGGCAGCAGCGGGGGCAGCGGCAGUCGAGAGAACAGUGGCGGCAGCAGCAUUGGCAUUCCCAUCGCCGUGCCGACUCCCUCCAUUCCCAACUCAGUCCCAGUCACACCCUCGUGGGCAGCUCCACCCCCAGCCCCCCCUCCUCCACCCCCACUCUUCAGCCAGGGCCCACCAAUGACAGCCGCUGCUAUAGCUGUGGCUGCGGGGCCAGGUCUGGGGCCCAUCCCCAUGUCUCAGUUCGGCACCGUAUCUCGACAGAUCUCCAGACACGGCUCCAGCACCUCCUCCGUGUCCAUGGUGUCUGCCACGGGCACAUACCGCCGAGCGCCGUCCGUCUCGUCCCAGUUCUCCCUGCAGCAGCCGCACAUUAACGGGGGAACAAACGCAAUGUCUAUGGCCCCCCCUCCUCCCCCCAUGCCUCAGCUCACCCCACAGAUCCCUCUCACAGGGUUUGUGGCCCGAGUACAGGAAAACAUUGCAGAUACCCCGACUCCUCCCCCUCCCCCUCCCCCUGAUGACAUGCCCAUGUUUGACGAGGCUCCGCCGCCGCCUCCACCAAUCGACUAUGAAGAUGAAGAGGCAGCUGUAGUGCAGUACAGUGACCCAUAUGCAGAUGGAGACCCUCAGUGGGCCCCCAAGUCCUACAUUGAGAAGGUGGUUGCCAUCUACGACUACAUCAAGGAUAAGGAUGAUGAACUGAGCUUCAUGGAAGGAGCCAUUAUCUACAUCAUCAAGAAGAAUGACGACGGCUGGUUCGAGGGCGUCUGCAGCGGCGUCACUGGGCUGUUUCCCGGAAACUACGUGGAGUCCAUCAUGCACUACGCCGACUGAAGAGACCGGACCUAAAAUCAUUCACACCCAAUCAGUCAGAUCUGGACCACAGAAGAAACCAUGUACAAGCACUAAAUGUGUGUUCCUCACAAAUGGCGAAUCAUGAAAACUGAUGAACUUUACUUUAUGGUGAUGGGUGGAUGUGGGCAAACGGGACGAGCAGCGAUUCAGAGGACGUCAGUGUACAUAAAAUGAAAGUCAGCCUGUGGGUGUCUGUAGUGAAUGUCAAUCACAGGAUCUUCUACACAACACAACUAAAGGUCGACCAUUUAAUUGAGUUCCUUUACUACUUCUCUCCAUUCACAUUUGUUUGGACAUUUUGGAUGCAAAAAAAAAAAAUCCUCCUAUUAUAAACUAAUUCAUUUUAGUGUUUUAUUUUAAAGCACCACGUCAUUGCCCCAAAUGUAUCAAAAUCUUAACGUAAAGCAUGCAUUCAAAAUUAAACAAUUUAUUAUAACCUAAA